ACACAGAUCAGCACUCAACAACAAGCCUUGCGUUGCAAACCAUCGACCGAAGGAACCGACUGAGCUAAGAGGAGGUUCGCCGAGAAGCUAGCCGUGCGUAGCAAUGGUGAAGACUGCGGCAGCUGGGAGCACUGGCGAUGGCGCCGUGGCAGCGAAGCAGCAGCAGCUUGGCGGCAAGAUGAGGACGUACAAGGGCGUGCGGAUGAGGAGCUGGGGCGCGUGGGUGUCGGAGAUCCGGGCGCCCGGGCAGAAGACGCGGAUAUGGCUCGGCUCCCACUCCACCGCCGAGGCCGCCGCGCGCGCCUACGACGCCGCGCUGCUCUGCCUCAAGGGCGCCUCCGCCGCCGCCGACCUCAACUUCCCCGUGCGCUUCCCCUUCGACCUCCCCGCCGCCGCCAUGUCGCCCAAGUCCAUCCAGCGCGUCGCCGCAGCCGCCGCCGCCGGGGCCAGCGCUAAUGUGUUCGACUUCGCCGCUGCCGACGACAGUGCCAGCGCUAAUGCCGUCGACUUCGCCGGUGCCGACGACAGCGCCAGCGCGGUCACCCCCGAGUACUGCAGCUCCUCCAGCAAUGCCUCGCCGGUGAGCUCUCCGGAGACGGCAAGCAGUGGCGGCGCCGACCUCGACGGCGUAGACCUCCUGGGUUACGGUUACAGCCAGUGCUCGCUCGCGGAAAUCGAGGCCUUCUUCCAGUCGCCCAAGUGCAUGGAGUACGCCAUGAUGGACCCGUGCAGCACCUUCUUCGCUCCGGCGCCGAUAGCAAUGGAGGACGAGUGCAGCUGGGAGGAAGGAGGCGACAUUGCGCUCUGGAGCUACUGAACCGGAGUCCGGGAAGCCGGAGAACCGAAGAAACUGACAAAUCGUUACUCAAGCGAAGGCCAGAACUGGCCAUGCAUGGUGAUAACUAUCCUUAAUUUCAUAUAUGUGGUAAAUUAAUUCGAUUCAUUGUACACAACAACAAUAAGGUAGUUGAGCGUUGUGGGGGGGAGCUCUCAUGGAGCUACAUGUUUUAAGGCAGCUUCCAUGGAGUUAACCUCCCUUCAAUUGCUUGUUACAUCCGUGUUAAAAAAGCUGCUUUGCAAUUGCAAGCAUAUAUUUCCUUUGAAACAACGGGCCCCAUCGUCAACUGUGUGAGUGU